UUCUGUGUUGCUCGUGCUACUUCUACGGUAGUGAGAACUGGAGAGGUGCACUAUAUUCUAGUUGAUGCACAUUACGGGGUGAUGGUUAGAUUUCUGGUGGCAUUGUUGGGGGUUGUGGCGGUGGUGACUGCUGUCUUUCCGGAUAGUGCUGCUGCUGCUGCUGCUGACGAGGAAGAAGCCGGAUCCAAUGACCAGGUCAAGAUUGGAGAGCUGUAUCAAGGAAGAGUCGAACCAAAGGAGUGGAUUCCCAUCACGCGGAGCAGCACUGCCCCUCAGCCGUAUCCCCCCGAGACGGAUUCAUGGAGCUACACAGACACCACCCUGUGGACGGGAAUAGCGUCCUUCCGAGACCCGCAGUGCGGCGAGACCCUGUUCAACCUCUUCAGCAAGGCCAGCUACCCGGAGCGCCUGACGGCCGGAGUGGUGCAGCAGAACCUGGAGGACGACGAGGGAUGCCUGGCGACCUACUGCAGGCUCAUGGGCGUAAAGGAUGGAGCAAAAGACUGCCCUUUCCGUGAAAACAUCCGCGUCCUUGAGAUGCAUGCGUCAGAGGCGCAGGGCCCCUGCUGGGCAAGACACUUACAGUCGUACCUCCUGGCGGACGAGGAGUUCUGCAUGCAGGUGGACAGUCACAUGGACUUUGUUGAGGGGUGGGACAUGGCCAUGAUGGAAGAGUGGGCGGCCACAAACAACGAGUACGGCGUCCUCAGCACGUACGUCCAGGACUCCAGGGUGCUCGGGGUCAACGUUAGCAAGAAGUGGGAGGUCGCCCACCUGUGCGAGGUUUAUUUCUCGCCCUCUCAGCAGCCCAGGAACCAGCAAGCAAGGGCCAUCCACGAGAUGACGGAGCCGAAGCUAACGACCACGUGGGGGGCGGGGUACUCCUUCUCCAAGUGCCACGCGGAGCGGAGGGUCCCUUACGACCCAAACCUGGAUCGAAUCUUCGAUGGAGAGGAGUUCUCGAAGAUGGCCAGGCUCUGGACCAACGGGUACGACGUCUACACCCCUCGCAGAGGUCACCUCGUGCACGACUACAGCCACCCCCACCACGAACAGACGACUUCCUGGAGAAGCAACAAGAAGGUGGACGGGGACGACGGAAAGGACCGACAGAGGUUGGCCAACCAGCGCCUGUGGAACCUGAUGGAGAUGCCGCUGUCGAGCGAGGAGGGGAGGAGGGAGGUUCAGGGCGACCCCUGGGGGCUAGGGGAUCGACGGACGCUGGACGAGUUCAUCGAGUUCACAGGGGUCGACCUGCGCAACAAGGAGCACAUUGGCGUGACCGGGGACCGCUGCGGAAGCGGGGUCGAAUGGGUGCCGUACUCCCUCGACGACGACAGCAGGGACGGCGAGGAGACCUUCGUGUCGUGGAGAAGGCGGAAGGGGCUCGACCCGGUGGCCGCGGGGCCACGCUGGUCGGAGAUCAAGGGCAAGCUCGAGGCCUCGGGCGUGGACGUCUGGUGGGACCCGCGGCCAGGCGAGCGGAAGGCCGCGCCGAAGGCGAGGGGGGCGGAUGGUGGGCGUAAAGACAACGCCAGGCCUGAAGGAUACGAUAAGGGGAGUGGCGGCGUUGCGGCGCAGCAGGCGCGGCAGCCGCCGGGGGGGCAGCAAUGGGGCCCGGUGGCGGCGGCCGCGGGGGAGGGCGGCGGAGGGUGGCGGAGGGCGUGGGGACGCUUCAUGGUCUUCCUGUCGUGCGUCGGCGUCGUGGGCGUCGGGUGCAUGGGCCGCACCAAGAGGAGGAAGAGGAGGGGGGCCGCCAGGAGGAGGAAGCAGGUGAUGGAGUGGUCCAGCAACGCCUUCUCGACCACCAGCACGCUGUCUCCGCUGGUGGGGGGGAAGGGCGCGACCGCGCAACCGCCGGCGUUCGGGUGGACGGGGCCGGUGCGCAGCAAGCGCCAUCAAGUCUGAGGGGGAGAGGCAGCAAGCAACCACACUAUCGGUCUCUAGACAGAGGGGUGACUUUUAUCUACUACCUGGUUCUGCUUACGGCGUACGGGGGGGGAGGAGGGGCAAUUACGGUCGCAGGUGGGGUGCCCACCGAAUGUUGCUUCAUGGGUGAAGCUUUCUUGUUUAAUUUUUUAUCAUGUUUUAUCAUGUUGGGCUCUAUGGCACGUGUUUUGUAUGCGGAGCUAAGCAUACCUCGCGGCGAACCCAACCGUAAACCACGGAGCAUCUACAAGAGAAAAUUGAUAGGACCAAUUAAUAGGGUGUUCUUGGACAUGCGUAGUCUAGUGGGCUAAAGUUGACCGUGAGAAUCCAGGCGUCUAAACAGGUAGGCUUCAGCCGACGACCGGGGAGCGCGGAGAGGGGAGGGGGCAGGCAGAUGUGUGUGUGCGGGGAGGGGGGGGGAUGUGUGUCAGGUUUGAAAGUAUGAAGAGACGAGAUCUUGGUGUGGUUCAUUUUGCGAGUGGCGUCGUAUUCUUAACGCACGUCAGAGAGUUGCGUCAGCCUCGACAUCGUCGCCCCGCGUUGUAGCUGGAAAUACCCACUCAACGCCCCCAUCCCCGGCGAUACGGACACGUGGGGGGUAGUUUCAAGCAGUAUCGUGCCUAAUAGAGGUGAAGUGUAAAUGGCGAUGGGGCUGCUCGUGUGUUUUAGCGACAAGUUUGUUCGUGUGUUACUGCUGUGCGUGCGGACUCCCCCGCGUCUUAACUCCUCCCCCGCUGAGGUUCCUGGGAGUGUCUGGGGGAAGCAUGUUACGACUGGCUUCCACGUGCGCGCAGUCACCCAAACAUUUGUGCAUAGAGAUGCAUGGGGUAGUUUGUGGCGGAAUAGGUGUUAACUAAGCAUAGUUCGUUGGUUUGCUGUAGGUUGAGGUGCACCCCCUUGCGGGACAAUCUGCUUGGGAGCUGUUUUCGUUCUGAUUUCACUCUCAUCAUGCCUCUAUUGUGCACUCCUUUUAACGUAGUUAGCUUUUUGAGCGUAGUUUACCAGUCCGGGUGGCAGAGAAUCUCGUUCGCUUCAAACAAACCUGCCCGGCGAGUCUCGCCAAAAUAUAUGUAGUUUGGUUGCCCUCGAAUCAGUUAAAAGCGAUGUCUUUCUGGCAACAACAGAGCGAUACGGCAGGGAUUUGAUGUGAACUCCCAUUCCCUGGACCGCACCUGCGGCCAACCGUGAGACGUGGCAGCGCAAUGGCGCGAUUGAUAGGUCAUUAGUAAGUAGAACGGGGAGCGGGGACGCAGACCGUAUUCCCUAACCACAACUCAACUUCCCCGAUUGUACUCUUUAUCCAACAUGUUGACAUAAUAAUACG